AAAUAGUUUUUAAAAUUUUGGCCUAAUUCGAUUUUGCUACUUGUUUAAGAGGUUUAAUUGUUUGUAGUAGUACAUGUAUCUGUUUAAGUUUUAACGUUAAAUGCUUAUGUUUUGUGGUUUUAGCAAGUUCGAGUUUUAACCGUUUUUUGUUUUCUGGUGUCAAUAUUUUCAAUAUAAUUUUCGUUAAUAGCUAUUUUGCAUUAUCUGAAUUUUAUUAGCCUAGACAAAAUGAGACGAAGUUUGGCACCCAGUCAAAAAGGAAAUUCUCCAGUAUCUGUGCAGAGUAAUGGAUUAUCACAUCCCUUACCCAAGUAUUCAUCUCCUCUUACAAUGCCAUUAAAAAGAACUAGAGACUCAAAAACUAAUGAUGUGAAAUCAAAGCUAAGAAAGCCUUUAGGAAAAAAUCAUGAAAAUGAAGAAUUGGUUAUUUUAUAUGAUCAUGAAGAUAUUAUUAAAAAGCUGUCCAAGCCAUUUCUUUGUCCUAUACCAAAUUGGGAAGGGGGUCAAACUACUAAAAAUUUGGGCAUGCGGAGGCCACAACAAAGAAGGGCCCUAUACGAUCCAAAUAUGCCAAAUGCUUUAGUACUAUUUGCUCCACAAGCUCAAACUAGACACGAAAUGCUAAAGAAUGAUAAGGAUGUUCUUGUGCAUGUGGUUGUGGAUCCAGCUUUAGGUAAUAUUCUUAGACCACAUCAAAGAGAGGGGGUUAAAUUUAUGUAUGAUUGUGUAACAGGAGUCCAAAUCCCAGGCUCUUAUGGAUGCAUCAUGGCAGAUGAGAUGGGUUUAGGAAAAACCCUUCAGUGCAUAACAUUACUAUGGACGUUGGUUCGGCAAGGACCGGAAGCCAGACCUACCAUAACCAAAGGAAUAAUUGUUUGUCCUAGUAGCUUAGUAAAAAAUUGGUAUAACGAAAUAAAUAAGUGGUUACAUGGAAGAUUACCAGCCCUUAUGAUAGACGGAGGUCCUGAUGUGAAAAAAAAAGUAACCCAAUUUAUGCAAAGCCAAGGCAGAACGUCCAUACCAGUUCUAAUAAUAUCUUAUGAGACAUUCAGAAUGCAAGCGGAUAUUUUACAUAGCAGUGAAGUUGGUUUAGUUCUAUGUGAUGAAGGACAUAGGUUAAAAAACUCUGAGAAUCAAACUUACAGAGCCCUUAUGGGUUUAAAAACCAAAAGAAGAGUAUUACUUAGUGGCACUCCCAUUCAAAAUGACUUAUUGGAAUAUUUCAGUCUCAUUCAUUUUGUGAACGAAGGUCUCCUAGGAACAGCAAGUGAAUUUAAAAGAAAAUAUGAGAAUUGUAUUUUAAAAGGUCAAGAUUCUUUGGCUUCUCCUGAGGAACGUAAAAAAGCUGUAGAAAAAAUAUCCGAACUCACAACAAUUGUAAAUAAAUGCCUUAUACGCCGCACAUCAGCAUUAUUAACGAAAUACUUACCUGUCAAAUUUGAGAUGAUUGUCAUUUGCCAGUUGACUCCUUAUCAGAAGCAGAUUUAUUUAAAUUAUAUUCAUUCGGAGGCUAUCAAGAGGACCAUCGUUAAUAGCGAAAGGGGAGAAACCACUGGUGGUACAAGCUCUCUUGCAAGUAUAACUACUCUCAAAAAGCUAUGUAAUCAUCCAGAUCUGAUACUUGAAAAAAUUGAAGAAGGAGCUGAGGGUUUUGAGAAAUCGAGAAAUAUUUUACCUCCUAAAAAAGGAGAAAUGGACGUCAGACCCGAGCUAUCUUCAAAACUGAUUGUUUUAGAUGCAUUUUUAGCCAAUUUAAAAGCCAACUAUACUGACAAAGUAGUUUUGGUUUCUAACUGGACACAAACCUUGGAUCUAUUUGAAAAGCUGUGGAAAAAGAGAGGUUAUCAGUACGUUAGACUAGAUGGAAAGAUGAGUAUAAAGCAACGUGCCAAAGUGGUGGAAAAUUUUAACAAGCCCGAUUCAAAGGAAUUUAUUUUUAUGCUGAGUUCUAAAGCAGGAGGAUGUGGAUUAAACUUGAUAGGAGCUAACAGACUGGUAAUGUAUGAUCCUGAUUGGAAUCCAGCAAAUGAUGAACAAGCCAUGGCAAGAGUGUGGAGGGACGGGCAGCAAAAACCAUGCUACAUUUAUAGAUUUUUUUCGGCUGGUACGAUCGAAGAAAAAAUAUUCCAAAGACAAGCUCACAAAAAAGCUCUUAGUUCCACUAUAGUUGAUAUGAAUGAAGAGACCGCAAGGCAUUUUAGUGUUGCGGAAUUACGGGAUCUUUUUAGACUAGAAAAUACCGAAUCGGAUACACACGCAAAAUUGAAAUGCAAAACAUGCCUUAAUAAAAUUCCAAUCAAAAAUCCGCCUGAUGAGGCGGAUUGCACCUCGGAUUUAUCGCUGUGGUAUCAUUGUUGGGAUAAAAAAGGACUUGCUGAUGUGGUUCUAAAGCAAAUUUGGGACGUAUGUAAAUAUAUUUCAUUCGUCUUCCACCAAAAGUCAGCGAAGCAAGAAGUAAAGAAGAUAAACAGCUUUAAAGAGGAGGAGGAGGAGCAGAAAGACUGUGAGGAAUCUGACUAUGAAGAAAAUGAUGAUUCCGAUUCUGACUAUUAGUGUUUCUUGUUUGUUCUAAAAUUAUUGUUAAUUUGUCCAGGAUAUGUCUUAUGUAGUUGUUAAUUUUUUUUGUUAACGUGAUAAGUAAUGUUAAUGCAGAAGCAUUUAAAAUACAUCUAAUUGGGGUGUUUGUUACCAAUGAUUAAAAAGUGAAAUAGAUGUUUCUUUUAAAAUAUA